AUGUCUAGUUUCGAGAAGCAGAACCAAGCUCCAGGCGAGCAGUAUUUCCCGCCUCCUCCUCCUGGUCCUCCUCCUCAGCAACAACAGCAACAGCCAUAUCCAACGUUUGCUCCUCCUCCUCAACCACACCAAGAGCAGCAACAGCAACAGCAACAGCAACAGACGCACCCAAGUUUCCCUCCACCGCCACAACAGUCCGAGCCGCAAUCGCAGCAACCUCCUCACGAUCCCCUCCAACAGCAUCAGCAGGCUGGACAGCAGCAGUUUCCGCCGCCGCCACCUCAGCAGCACCAACAGAACCAAGACUUCUCACAGCAACACAACCAGCAGCAGCAAAACCAAACAUACAACCCCCAGACCUACCAGCCUCAGACGCAACAACAACAGACCUCUGCGUAUUCCAUCCCCGCCUACAAUCCUGCGAAUCCCGUCUUUGCGCCGCCGCCUUCGAAUGCCCUCAACGAACCCGCCAGUCCCUCGGGAUACCAGCCUUCCGCAGAAGGACACCAGCAGCAACAACAACACCAACAGCACAGCCCGUCUCCAGACCCUCUCGCAUACGGCGAUGACCACGGACAGCACAAGAGCGGCUGGAGCGAGCGCCUCUCUGCGCUGGGCAUGAAGGCCGCUGCGCCCAUCAACAGCAUCGCGCACAAGCUGGGCAGCCAGAGCUUCCUCCCCGAGACGCUGGACAAGGAGUGCGAAAAGGCUGCGACGAUAUUAAAGGCCUUCUGCAAAAAAGGAGUUUAUGCCGACCCUGCUGGGACGUCGCUGCCCACCUCGACCGACCCCAACGCCGCCGAAUCGACCGACAGAGUCAUCGAUCCGACCAAAGAAAAGCCCAAGAACCGCGUCAUCGUCACGAUCCCUCCCAAGGUCAUCUCCAAGGCAGUCGGCCUGGCCAUCUUCACCACGCUCCGGGCCGGCUUCCAAGUCUCUGGUGCCACCGGCUCCGGUAUCCUCAUUGCGCGGCUCCCAGACGGAUCCUGGAGUCCUCCUUCGGGCAUCCAGCUGCACUCUGUCGGCGGCGGCUUCCAGAUCGGCCUCGACAUCUACGACUGCGUCUGUGUGAUCAACAACAGGGAGGCCCUUGCGGCCUUUACAAACACGCGUGUCAGCCUCGGCAGCGAUCUGGCCGUGGUGGCUGGGCCGUAUGGAGCGGGUGCGGCCGUUGAGUUUGGCACGUCGCUGGAUCCGAGAGGAGGCAGCAGCAGAGGCAACAGCCGUCCUUCAUCGUCUCAUGGACAAGACUCACAGCAGGCACAGCAGCAGCAGCAGCAGUCACAGCAAAACCUGCAACCCGAGUCGACAGACAAAAAGAGCCACAGACGCAGUCUCAGCGCCAGCGCCGCCAAGCCCGUCUUUUCGUACGUCAAAUCACGAGGCUUCUACGCCGGCAUCCGCAUCGACGGCACCGUAGUCGCCGAGCGCAAAGACGCAAACGCCGCCUUUUACGGCCAGAGUGUCACGGUGGACCAAAUUCUAAAGGGCCAAGUCCCGUCACAGGGCCCUCCAGGAAUGUGGCCUGCCGGAGCUCACACACUAUUUGGCGUCCUAAAGGGGGCCGAGGCUGGUGUCUUGCAGGCAUCAUCCCACGAGAAUGAGCAGCGUCCCACAACUCCAGGGCACCACCAACAGCAGCCGCCAGCUUCGCCAAGCCACUUUCAGCAGGGUCAAAGCCAAGGGCAAAAUCACGAGCAGUCAUACCCGGCUGUCGCCAUUCCUCCUUCGUACGCUGAGAGUGGACCUCGUCCAUACGAUGGCGACAUCAAAUACGCUUGA